AUGGCUCUUAACGCUUCCGCGAUGACGAUCCCAGCGGAAGCCAUGGACUACAGAUCGCGCAAAGCGGACGAUCACCGAGCUACAGGACCCACUGGGGUGUUCUUAGAAAUGGAAUGGGCAUUGGAUACGGACUGGUACGACCGCGACGCUAGCUGGCGGCCCUUCAUACCCACGAAGUCGGAUGACUCGGUUGAGGGGACCUUAAGCGAGAGUGGCCAGGACUGGUUUUUCGAUCUGGGAUCAUCUAUACCUUGGGAACAGGGCGACAGCGAAGGUUUCAUUAUUCCGGGUCCCACCCGCUCAGCAAUCGACGCGGACCUCGUCCUCUGGUCUUGGCUCAUCGACGAGAUUACGACACACCACCCAUUCCCCUGCGAUUCCGCUCGCCCGCGCCCAUAUGACCAAGGCAUUCUCUUUCAGGGUUUUUCCAGCUGUGAAGAGUUACAAGCAGCAGGAGCAGUUGCGAAGAGAACAGCAGUCGAUUACCUCGGUUUCCUUACAUGGUGGACGGUAUCAAUCUCUCGAUGGGAAGCGGAUCUCGACGCCCCAGUAGCCGACCAGAUCAAGAGCCUUCGCCUCGAGCGCUUCCGCAGACGAGGGGUAUUAGUGGAUUUGGAACAGCAUUGGCAGGAGAUCAACGUCACGAACCUUCUGCGGCAUGGAGUGCCAAUUGCUUAUCCAUGGUCACCCUCAUUAUCCUGCUCCCCACGCUUCCGUUCCUUCGCCCCUCGCAUUCUACAAGCGUAUGACGAACGACGAAUCUCGACGGGAGGUGAAGUCCACUCCACGGACUUUGACGACUGGUCCGACGAAUUUGCUGUGAUCCGACAGUACGAUCGCUUCUUCCAAGAAACCUGUGUCAAAGGCCGGCCAGACCCAGACGUCCGGUUCGACGACGAUUGGGAUUAUUAUGUGGUUGACUUUCGAGGAUGGUCACGCCGUCGCAUUCCCAUCAGCGUGGCUCAGGAAUAUUAUGUUCUCUUCGCGUCUACUGUGGACAGAGAAAGCCAAGGGACGACUGUCCUCUUCCGUCGAUGGGAACCUCUGGAUAACCUCACAGAUGGGCUCCCUCACUUUGUCGGUCCCACCGAGUCAAGUGAGGACUGCAGCAGCUUUACAAGGAGCUCAUACGAAAUACGAGAGUUACAUAAAUACAAGCACGCUCCGAUCCCGGGCGAACGAUUCGAUUUGGAGGGUCGUCUCAUACUCCCGUUGCCUCUCGCUGGUAUACCUCUGAACAGGAUGCAUCCCCGGAAGCAUGGUACCCGAGACGAGCUCUCUCUGGGCGCUGGCCGAUUGCUUCGGUUGAUGGUAUCCAAUAGCCGGCAACGUGGAUCCGGAUUCUCGGACAGCGAUUCAGCGAGUACAUCGCAGUCACGUCCCACAUCUCGAAUUUCGUCCACCAACCGGAGUCGUGGCCGUUCAGCCUCUCCUCGCCCUCAAACCUAUGAACAGCGUCGUGCUGGUUCCACCCCGAUAACACCAGCUGGCCGUCAACGAGCGAUUGCGAAACUGGAAGAAGAAUGUAGUAUGAUCACCUACCACGGCACCAUCUGGUCAAUCCCGCCUAACCUGGAUUGGGAUACGUCCUUCUAUAGGGACAGUAUUCUUCUUUUCCCUGAUAACCGUACGUUGACUCGCCUUCGGUACUGGGCAGCUUGCGAUCCGGGGAUUUCAUCCAUGCGCCAACUCCUCGAAUUGGCAAUAUCUCGCAACAUGAAGUUCAUCAUGGCGACGUCGAUGAGUGAUCUGAAGACUUUUAAACCCAUUACCACUCCAGAGUUAUCCGAGCUUACGAAACGCACCUACGAAACCGGCUUCCAGGAGGAACACCUAAAGGACAUUAACGGUGGCGCGGCUUUUCGUGACCAGUACAUGGGCAAAUUAGCAGAUAUCCUACGGAGACCGCAGGCUAGAGCUCUUAUCAGUAUGGGUGGCCCCACAGCCUGGAUUGCCAAACGUUAUGGUGGUCCCCCCAUGAUUCAACGCUUUAUGGACGGCCCAUCAACCCAAGUCACUGUCCAUCAUAGGGGAGCGGUCACUUCUUCCCCGUUCUACGACGAACCCUUGUUCCACGAUCAGAUUUCGGCACAAGAGGAGAACCUUGUCCAUGGCUUCGUUCCAGCUGAGAACCCAGAACAUCAUCGCUGGCUAUUCCCCACCACCGAGAUUAUGGAGGAUUACUGCAACCACUGGCGUGGGGAAUGGACUCAAGGCUGCGAUCUCAUCUUCCAUAACAUCGCUAAGGGACUGGACCGAGGCACAGCUAAACCUCUCACGCGGAAAGGUUGGAAAGCUUAUCUUCACAGUCCAAACCAUGGUACCCGGCGUCCGGCAAUUGUCCUCACCAACUCCCAUUUUACUCGCACGGAUGAGCUCUUACGUGAUUUCCCAGGUGGAUGGCACGGGCGGCGCAUUGCGGAUAUCCCCAUCCCCAUUCCUUUUGAUUCGUUAGAUGGAAAUUAG